AUGUACAGUCACGCUUCGUCUUCGUCGUCGUCGACACCGCCCGGAGCAACAGCAACGGUCACAAAGCGAGAUUUUCUAGCGGCGUCUCAGGAACAUCCUACCCGGAUCCCAGCUUCCGCCUCUCCUCCUUCCCCACCCCAUCCUCUCUCGCUCUCUGCCUACCUCGCCGCUCAUCCGGAAGCUACGGUGAAAAAGGCCCUGAAGAAGACUUAUCCGAAACCGAACCCCCUGAUCAGGCUCGCCAGGCGGUUCAAAGUCCGACAUAGCGUCAUCCACGGAUUGACGGACAAGGAGAUGCAAAAGCUCGAAGAGAAGGAGGGGAAACUGAAACGGGACCAAGCGGGUUGGAGGUUGGAGCACGAGCCCGCUACAGGACCGGACGGACGACCGAGAGUGGUGGUCUCUCCCUUGUUCUGGAAGGUCUACCUGAGCAUCCUCCCUACGCUCGAGAGGGACCCACUGAGCGGGUUGGUACCCCCGCCGCUUUUGGGGUCGACGACGACGAUGCCGUUGAGCGUCAUUUCGUUGAUUCCGGACAUCAUGAGGCAUUAUCGGGACGUGAUCGUCAGGGCGGAGAAGGAGGUGUUUUUGGUGACGAAUUAUUGGCAACCGUCCAACUCGGUGCAGACGAUCACGGAUGCGUUGAGGGAGUUGUCGACGAACACGAUAGCGAGGACGCCAGCUGGACAACCGGUGAAGAAGGUCGUCGUCAAGCUCGUUUAUGAUCGAGGCACUUUGGAGCAGAUCUGGAAUGCGCACGCGCCUGUCCCUACGACGGGUUGGGAGGCUAUGAAGAUUCCCUUACCAGAGGAAGUACCGGGAAUUGACAUCGAGGUGGUCAACUUUCACCGUCUUCUGUUGGGAACGUUCCACGCCAAAUUCCUCAUUGUCGAUCGCAAGGUAGCCUUGAUCAACAGCAACAACAUCCAAGAUCGACCCAACCUGGAGAUGAUGCAGCAUUUCGAAGGACCGAUCGUAGACUCGUUCUACGAGACGGGUCUGCAUUCCUGGUUCAACAAGCUUUCACCGAUGUUGCCCUGCGUUGGAGACACGUAUCAAGCCCCCUCGGAUGGAUACAAGUUUGGGCACGAUAAUCCCUACUUUGCGGACAUUGAGAUCGUUAAGGCGGCCAAGGACGCCAGGAUGUUGUUGCGGCAAGAAGCUGCUCAGGUACAUGAUAUGGAUGAGAACGCUUUGGACAGAUUCAGGGGAAUGGUCCGUAAGGCGAUGGAGCAGGCCACGACGACGGCGAACGAGAGGUGGGACGAGAUAAUGGCUGGGGCUGGCGAGGGUGAAGGGAUCGGAGCCUGGGCUGGCAGGAUGCGGGCCGGAUUCUAUACGAGGCCUAACAGUCGUCGACCGUCUUUUGAUGGUCACACGCGGAGAAAUUCGGCACCUAUCGUGCAACGUCACUUUGAUCGCCUCGACAUGGCCACCAUCGAUUCCGAGAUGAGCGGAAAUUCGCCCACUCUGGUCAACGAAUAUACAAAUGGGGACGCCCCGUCGACGACUACGAAAUCGGGCAACAAGGAGUCAUUCGACAACGGUCAAAUCUCACGCAAGAUCAAGAUUGCCGAGCCAGACGGCAUCAUGCCUGGGUCGCAUGAUGCAGAAGCACGACACAAGCACAUACAAGAUGGGUCCGAGGCUAGCACAAUGCCGCCGUCAGCGACGUCGACACUCAAGGUCGACUCGGCUGGUCGGCCACGCUCAGGUUCAGGGCGGUUGCAGCAGUUGACGGAAAAGUUUAACGCAACUGGUGUCCUGUCAGAAGCGGCAGCUACCGUCGAAGACAACGACGACCUUGAUGAUUUCGCGCCGCAUGUUCUGCACAAACCUCAUACGCCUUUCCCGAUCGCCAUGGUGAACCGAAAACCGCACGGAAUGCCUGGUCACCACGAUAUUCGGAACCCCCAAAAUGCCGCCUGGCUAGCUGGGUGUCGUUAUGCUCAACACAAGAUCUUCAUUCAAACCCCUACGCUGAACGCUAGGCCUAUCAAGCGUGCCAUCAAACAGGCUUGCAGGCGAGGUGUAGAGGUCGUUCUGUAUCUCGAUCUCGGAUUUAACGACAAGGGCGAGUCUAUCCCCUUCCAGGGCGGGACCAACGAGGAAGUGGUGGUCGAGCUAUAUGACAAGCUGCGUCCGGAAAAGAAGGAGCAGUAUCUCAAAGUCUACUGGUAUACCGGUAAAGACCAGAUCCGUCCCCUCAACGCCGUCAAGAAACAGCGAAAUUGUCACAUUAAGUUUGCCAUGUUUGAUGACGAGGUCGCAAUCUUUGGAAACGGGAACCAAGACACUCAAAGCUGGAUGCACAGUCAAGAGACCAACGUCAUGAUCUACAACAGGGAGAUCGUCAAGGAGAUGAUGCACACUCUCCACACCAACCAAAACACCCAUCGGUACGGUUUGGUGGAUCCAGCUGAUGGUCUUUGGCGAGACAAGGACGGCAAAGACCUGAAGACUUGGGAUCCGAAUCACAAAAAGGCUUCAGGCUCGAUGGGUCUUGCCGGCAUCAUCGAGACUAUCAAGAAGAUGUGA